CUGGACUCUACGGGGCUGUCUGAGAAGGUGCCGUCCACACGACACACUGCGGCGUGGGCCGCCGGCGCGAAACGGUCGGCGAGGCUCGCGGCCCCGCCAACCGCCGGCCCUCCGAACUCCCCCCGCCCCCCGCGCCCCCCCUCACGCCCCGCCCCGCCCCGCCCCGGGGGCGGUGGCCCCGCCGCUCCCGCAGCAGCCCGCGGAGAUAGCGAGCCGAACGCGCGGGGGAGGGAUGGCGGAGGAGCGCUAGGCUCCUCCUGCGGGAGGGGGGCGCCCAGAGCUCUCGACCGGCGCCGGGCUCGGCACCCCGCCGUCUGCACUCUUCCCUGCCGCGGAGCCACCGCCCGCUUCUCCGCGGACAGCCCGCGUGCGCCCGCCCCGCUCGCGGCCACGGGGGACCCUCCCGUGGCGCCCCGCGCCUCACCUCGCCUCAGCCCGACACUACUCCCCUGGCUCGUGCGGGAGCCGCAAGCCUACCCUGCCCCGGCCCUAAUUCGGCCGCCGCUCCGCUUCGCUCACAGCCCCUCCUCGGUCCGCGGCAGCCGCGCCGGCCGUCCCGCAUUCGGGCCGGGGAGCCACGGUGCAGCCUGCCGGCCCGCCCUGAACCCGCCAGGCAGCCGGGCUCCCCGCUUCCCGCGGGGCGGAGCCGGGCUUUGCGUGAGGAGCCGGGACCGGCGGGGCGCUGUGGAGACCCCAGCGCGGGCGGGGCGGGGCGCGGGCGGGGGGACUAGUUAUAAGAGCCCCGCUCCUCGGGUGCCGAGGCGCGGGUCUCCCCACUACCCUCGCUUCGCUCAGCUCCCACCUACGCGCCUUUCCCUUCUCAGGUUUUUUCUCUUGUCCUGUCUCCCCACCUAA